GCUAUUUCAGUUCCAUGAGUCCACUUCGUAUUUUGAGCGACGCCCCCAAAUUCCGUGAAGUGUGUUUGCAUACCCUCCGCGGGGAAAAGCGGGGACGGAUAGGUGGAGGAAUCGGGAGGUCCACCGUCCAUAUGCGCUAGAAUAGCACGAAUUUCGACUUCAUGACUAUUUCAUACGUCCGAUUGGGAGAGUUCGGACCGAUGUCAUAAGGACUCUGAGGCUGCAGCAGAGAAUGGGAAUAGGGACACAGGCCAAGGCUUGCCAUUUUGGCUGAAGUAACAGCAGGACAGUUGUCAUCCGCACAUCGGCUACCACCCCCCCCCCCCCUCCCUUUUCCCUUACCUCUCCUUACACGCGUACAGACGGACACACACACACACACACACACACACACACACGCACACACACACACACACCCACACACAGACACACCCUCCCCCCACGGCACAUCCACCAGCAGCCGCCGAACAACCCCACGGUCCCUGCUAUGUCCACUGCCGUAGACAUCGCCGGCCCUUCCUCCCCAGACCAGGGCACCACCAGCUGCGCCAAGAUCCCCAACGAGCCCCUGCGCCGCAGCCUGAAGCGCUCCAGCCACCCCUACACCCUCUCCCAGUACAUCUCCACCCCCAGCGCCCCCGCCCCGGUGGACGUCAGCAGCCUCCUCCAGUCCUCCUCCGCGCUCCACCACCACCACCACCACCAACAGCAGCAGCAGCCGCCGCACCACCCGCAGCCGCACCACCCGCAGCCGCGCGAGGAGCAGCAGCAGGAGCAGCAGCGGUCCAGUCAGGCCGGCCCGCCCAGCAAGCCGCGCCGGGCCCCCUGCUGGCCCGACAUGUGGGAGUCCCCCAGCGGGCUGCACCUGGCCCAUGCCGCAGAGCUGCUGAUGCGGGCGGGGCUGCUGGCGCUCAACCCCUCCGCCGAGCAGGCCGCGCUGGUGCAGCCCGGAGGCCAGCCGGCGCGCGCCGAGGCCCGGGCUGAGAAGGGCGACGGUGGCGGAGGAGGAGGAGGAGGAGGAGGAGGAGGAGGAGGAGGAGGAGGAGGAGGCGGAGGUGGUGGAGGUGGAGGAGGAGGAGGAGGCGAGGGCGGCUCGGGGCCCGAGGAGGAGGAAGAGGAGGACGCGCUCAUGGGAUGUGGGACUGAGUUCCAGCCCUUCCUGGGCGCCUGGUUCCCCUUCAGCCCGGCGUUGUUCCCGUUGGCCGCCGGCUUCCAGAUGGGCGGCGCGGCGCACUGGCGCAGCGCGGCGGCGGCGGUGGCGGCGGCGGCGGCGGCGGGCGCCGGGGAGGGCAUGGAGGGGCUCGUGGCGGAGGGCUACUCCCCCGGCUCCCUGGGCGCCGGCGGGGGCGGGGCCGGCGUGGGCGGCCGCAGGAAGAGGAAGCGCUGCGGGGAGUGCGUGCCGUGCCGGCGCCAGCGUAACUGCGACCAGUGCAGCAGCUGCCGCAACCGCAAGCGGGGACACCAGAUCUGUAAGUACAGGAAGUGCGAGGAGCUGAAGAGGAAGCCGGGCGGCCCCGGGUUCGACAGCAGGGUGCCCGGGUUCGACCUGAGGGGCUCUGAGUUUACUUUGGGCCUGGCACAGGAGAGGGCCCACGCCGCUCUGGACGGGUAGCCCGCGGUGACGGGACGCACGGGGGCGGCCGGCCGGGGGCGGCCGUCACGGCUGGAUGACGGUUGGGGGAGGGGCUAGAGCACCAUGGGUGUAGGACGGGAUGGUGGCGGCUGGGAGGAGGUCCACACACCCACCAUCCUUUCUUUUGACAAUCAGCGACUUUGGAGUGGAGAGGUUAGAGGAUACCGGCGCGUGUCCAUAAGGAAACCAUUACAAAAUGUGUAAAUAGUCUGUAAAUAUCUGGCAAAAAAACAACAAUAUGUCUUUUUGUUUUCUUUUUACAUCUCUUUCCGGUUUGGAUGUAUUGUGUUAUGAGAUUAAAAUCGAGCCAAAUGCUUUUGUUUUCUUUCUUACGGGGAGUUUUGUUAAAAUGUUAUUCUGUUGUUCUGACGUCAAAGCAUCGGUAAGAGAUGGGACGAGUUCAGACGUAGGAUAAUUGAUUUCACGUGCAACUUGUACUGUAUAGCGCUGUUUGGCCUUUUCAAAUAAAAUAAAGAAAUUGAUCGUU